AUGUUAUUCUUACUGUUCAUAGCUGAACUGCAGUUGAGAACUUUCAGACCAGCCAACUCGUCCUACUACACUGCUCGUGCAAUUGGAAUGCCCCAGCAGGUGGCGUCACUGCUGGACUGUGCUCGAGUGUGUAAUAAUGAAUACAGCGAUUGUUUCAGCAUCACUUUCAGCAUCAAGUCCGGGGCAUGCACUCCGCUGAUAGCUUACCACCCUAAGUCUAGCCCAGUAACACCCUCAGAAGACGUAUUUUACCAUACUGGACGUUGCAAUACAACAGGAGGUUUUCAGCUUUAUAUGAUCGAAAGUGUGAUCCAGUGUUUGUACAUUUCCACCGACGUGACAAACUUCACUUCUGCCAGAGCAGUCUGCCAAGCGAAGGACUCCAGACUAUUCCAGAUCAAAUCGAGAGAUAAGCUAAACCUGAUGCGGCAGCUGGUUGAAUCUGUCACUAGGAUGUCAACCUGGAUUGGUCUCUCCGACUUGCUCCGAGAAGGACGGUACGUGUGGGAAGAUGGUGAACCUGCAGAGAAGGUUUCAUUUCCCAUCCCAUGGAAUGUGGGUCAGCCUGACAAUCUGUGGAAUAAUGAAGACUGUGUGGAGAUUGGCUAUACGACUAAACAGUUUGUAAACGACAUCAACUGUAGUAUGCUGCUCAAAUUCAUUUGUGAAAAGGAUAUUUUAUCCUAA